UUGGAGACACACCAUUCUUUUGUUCACGAGAGGUGACCAGCUACGAGAGGGAGUCAGCAUCGAGCAGCACAUCCAAGGAGGAGGAAAGGAUCUUCGCUGGUUGGUGGAACGAUGUUCAAACAGAUUUCACGUUAUCAGCAGCAUCGCUUGCUUGGAAUCUCGGAAUUCCAAAACUCAGAUCACGGAACUUCUGGAGAAGAUUGAGAAGAUGGUGGCGGGAAAUCGCUGCGAGGCAUUCUCGCCACUGGUGCAUGAGAUUCAAGAGUUAGGAAAACUAAAGAAUGAGAAAUUCCAGCUGAAGGUCAAGGAGUUCAGUGAUAAGCUUCAACGGCAGGAGGAGGAACUGAAGAAGAUGAAGGAACGAGAGGUCAAGAGCAUUCGGUGGUUUUUCGAGAGACGCAAAAAAGACAAAGUGCAAUCUCCAGGGAAGGCUGAGAGGGAAGAGGCGCCGUAUCGAGGUGAAGAUGACAGGAGAAGCGUGAUGGGCGAGCUGGAAGAGAGGAUGGUGUGGUUGACCGAAGACAAGGAGAGAGAGUUACAAGAGCUGAGCACAGAAAUGAGCAAAGUCACGGUGAAGCUCCAUCAGGGACAUAAAGAGAAAGAGCAACUGCUGAUGAGAUUAAAGGAACGAGAGCGAGAGGGAGAAGAACUUAAAGAAAAAGUGGAGGAGCUUCAGAUGAAGCUGCUGGAAAUGGAGAGCAUGGGUGCCGUCAAAGAGCAAGAGAGGAAA